AUGGCUGUCACCUGUCGGGAGUUCCUCCGGCCGAGUCGUUGCUUCCGAGGCGCCGAGAGCAGCGCCGCGGCGAAAAAACGGGAAGAAGGAAAGACGCGAUCCGAGCAGAGACAGCUAGAGAUACCGUUGAGAAACGUCCGGCGGACACAGAGACAACACAGGACGAACAGGGCCGUUUACUGCCACAACGAAAAUCACGAGGCACACAACUCCCAGUCAUGCGCUCUGUGCCUAAAGAAUCCAGACGCCACCUUGACGCGGAAUCCACGCAAAAGGGCAGCGAGGACGCAGGACAGAAACGAAGAAGAAAGGCAGAGGACACAGCCGGAAAAGAGAAGCAAAGGCCAGAAGGUUGCUCCGGGCGCGCCUACGAGAGAAGAGGGGGAUGACAGCGCCACAGGAAAGCGCCGAUCCAACUCUCUGCUGAGGCCGGGGGGGAGCAGCAACCGAGGGGCGGCGCAACAGAAAGGACAACAGGCUCUAGAGGAGGAAGCACACGAGGCGGAAAGAAGAGAGAGAAGAAGAAGAAGAGAGAAGAGACGGAGAAGAGAAAAAGAAAAGGGAUCGCUAAGUCGUCAUUCGGCAAAAAAGGGAAGAAAAAAACCUAGUGGGGAAGCAAGGGAAGCCACCAUAGUAUAUGCUGCCGGUCCUACAGGUCCUCUUCUAUGCUCUCUCCUGGGCUGCAGCGCCGCGCCACCCCAACCGACACACUCUCCUCGACACACGGCCACGCCUCUCUUCAAAAACCCGAAGACGAACCUUCCUCCUCCUUCCUCCUCCUCUUGCUCCGCCUUCUCCCCUUCCCCCUCCUCCUCCUCUCGCGGCCCUCUCUCGGCUGCUGGCUUCUCGUUCACCCACCUCUCAUCAUCAUCAUCUUGCCCUCCACCACGCCUGGCUCGUCGCACCACACCCUUCCAGCCCGCGCGUGCGCACACGACCCUCUCUGUCCUCGCCCUCUCUCUUUAUAAACGCCGGUCCCACCGAGGCUGCGCCGCCGCAGAGACCCGACGGAGGAACUUCGCAGAACGAAGCGCCGAAGGCAGUCCGGACCCCUCUUGGCGUCUCUGCUCGACAAGGCGUCCGUGUCACCUCGUGCGAAAUCGCGACACGGAGAGAAGGGCAGGGGGGGAGGGGGGGGACGGGAAGAAUGACCCUGCGAGUGAAGCAGCUGAUCAAAAACUGACCGAGGCGUGCAGCUGUCGCGCCGUCCCAGAGCCUGGCACCGGCGACCCCCCGGCCCUCCCCCCACUACAACGGCGUUGA